UGUCAACGGUUGUUUCAAAUUUUCAAUCUGUGUUGUUUUUGUGUGGGAUGUGGGGGUGGAUUUCAAUUUUUAAAAUGCGGUUUUUACUUUGUGAAAGUAAUAUGAAUGUUUAUUCCUUUUACCGCGUUUCUACAAGAUGCUAAAUAUUGUUUUUUGUCCUCAAGUAAUUUCUCAUUAGCCCUAGAUAAUGGCUGACGAUAGUGAUAUGCUGAACUGCAGUGAUUCACUACUAACCAACAAACUGCUUCAAGAGGACCCGGAUCAAUUUUAUACUCUUGUUCGAAUGCAUUUGUCUUUUGUACUGGAUCUUAACACAGACGACUGUGAUGGUCCUAAUGAAAAGACAAAAUUCAAACCACUAAAAUGGAAUUUUCUCUCCAAAAAACCCAAAGGUUCACUCAAAGGAGUGAUCGAAAAAGUUACCUUAACCGAGGCAGGAAUGACGCAAAUUGCUCAGCUAAUAGAAUUUUUAAGUAAAAUGGAAAAUAUUAGUCAAGAAGGUAUUUUUAGAUUAACUGGUGCUUUAUCCAGGCAGAACAAAUUGAAAUCAUUGAUCAGUCAAGGUUUGCCCCUGAAUCUUGAAGAUGGGCAGUUCUCCGUUCACGAUUGUGCCUCAGUUUUGAAAAAUUUCCUAUCCGAAUUGCCAGAACCGUUACUCUCGGACACCUACUAUCCAGCAUAUAUACAAAUUUCUGAGCUUUGUACUCUAGGAGACUCUGCUAAGAACCGACUCCUCAGGUCCUUGCAACUGCUCUUAAUGCUUUUGCCUGCUCGUAAUAGAGCUUUUUUCAAGGAUAUUAUCAAACUGUUAAAUUUGACUGCAAGUCAUGAGAAGACGAACAAAAUGUCACCUGAGAAUCUCGCGACACUCUUCACACCACACUUGCUAUGUCCUCGCAAGUUAACGCCUGAGGCUCUGCACAUGAAUGCUCAGAAGCUAUCAAAAGUACUCGUGUUCAUGAUUCAAGCUGGCUUGGAUUUAUUUGAAGUGCCUCCAACGCUAGCCACUGACAUCCGUGCCUACUGGGCAGACAAAAAUAGAAAAAUUUUGUCUGAGAAAACAGGGGCUGAAAUGGUAAGAGAAACUAGUGCAGUGAACACAGUUUUCAGCUUUGUUGAUCGAGCAAGGACGGCUGAGGAAAACACGCUGAAUCCGACGGAAGCAGCUUUAGCGCAACUGUACGCACAUAUUCAGUCACUGCCAGAAUCCUCGAAAAAGCGCAGGCUAGUGAAACAAUUCAACAAAGAAAACGGCCACGGGACACCACGACAGUUUUCUGGAGGAAAGAGUUCACAGAAGUCAAAAGGAUUCGGAGACUCCAUCAAGAAGCAUAUUUUAAAUAAAAAUGGAAAGCAUAUGGUUAAAAUUGACUAUGCGUCAAAAGCUGACAAAACAUCGGAGGAUAUCUCAAGUAGUGAAUGUCUUUCACCGAACUCUCCGCAACAUUGUUUAAAGAGUCCAUUACGGGAGAAUGACUGUCAAAACAAGGAGAAUGAAUCGGAUCAACCCAUGAAACAUUUAAGAUUCAAGGAAGGUGCUAUGGAAAAAAUUAUUGAAGUAUCAAAGGAGAGGCAAUCUUGCGAAAGAGAUACUGAGGAAGUGAACUCUGAUUUAACAAUAUCAUCGAUUGAUAAGCAGACGGAGGACGAAUAUUUUUCCACUAAAUCUGUCUACGCUACAACUAGUGCAAAUGGUGCUUACUGCAGUUCUGAAUUCCCAGAAAGGUCUCAUGGCCACUUGCAAUGUCCGGAUGCGCUGAGGACACAAUUCUUCUCACCGAGUGUGCGGCUUCAUCGUAAAAGUGCUGCAAAAACUUUCAAUUUUACGCCCUCCGGGUCAUGCUAUGCCCUCAGCAAUAAAUUUAACAAUUACACGUCAACGCCUGCCUGUAGAACACCAUCGCCAUUAAUCAACGACGACAUGUCACCAAUAACUUUAUCAGCACAGAAGAUGACUAAAGCUAUGCAGGAAACAAUGAUGACUCCUCGCUGUAGAAAACCUGUAAUAGCCAUAUCUGACUCCAAUCUUAGUAACCUGACAGAUCUUCCUUGGAGCCCCGGCCAAAAUUCUGCAGAAAGCCUCAAGGGUGGCUCAAAGAAAGAAAAGAAUGGAAGCAACCGGAACUCAGAUACUUCCAACGACUCACAGAAACUCGGCUCUAAUAGCGAUACUAAAAAGGAUGGUUUGUCUAACCCAGUAGAUUUCAACGACUCACAUCUACUCACUGAUACGUUUUGUGAUUAUUUGUAUAGCCGCAGUUUACUAACUGCAAGCCCUGUCGAUCUCAGUUUUUCAAGUCGAACUGGAGAUUUUGAACAUUCCUCCUCUAACACACUGUCAAUGUCCGACGGCGUAUCUUUGAUGGAUGAUGAUGAUAAAUCUGUAAUUUUCUCCGAUGAGGAGAAACUAAGUAGCUCUUUACUCUAUUUUCUUGAUGGUAAUGAACCUCCUUCUGAUAGCUCAUCUUUGAGCUCCCGAAAACGUUCAGCCAGUGACAGUGGACUAUUUUCUCCCUCCGAGUGCCUGAAGAAAAGCCCACGCCAUGCAGCUCCUAAGGCGAAUUGUAAAAAAGAAACUUCUCUGUAACUGGCUGAGUUGUCAAAAUUACUAACUUCCUUAAAAAUACAUCCCACCUUAAAAUGGCUCAAUCGAAAAUGUGUCAUAGAAUAGUCUUAUUUCGGUCUAAAAAAAUGGACCCUAUAGUUUUCAACCUUUGCUUUAGGACACCCUGUAUAAGUAUACGAGAAAAUUUGCAAUGUUGCUAAUCGCGAUGUGUUUUUCUAUUAUUAUCAUUGAUACAUUAUUAAAAGAAAGGUGGAGUGCAAAUAUCACCUUACAUUUUUAGGAGGAAGGAGCGGUUCAAGUAUGUCUUAAAGUGCUCAACAAGGUGGGAGGCCGGCUAAAAUCUAGCGUUAAUGUAUCUUAUGGUCCAAAUAAACAUAAAAUUCUGUGGUAAUAUUUUUGUUUAAAAAUAAGUUUUGGGCAACAUUUACUUAAAAUUCACUCCAACAGUGACAAAAUUUUGAUUUGCAUGACAGAUCGAAGAACCUUUGAAAAGGUUAAUGAGCAACAUAAAAAUGAAAAUCGGAAUCUUAGAUUAUCCUGCAUCCUUCUAAAAAAAAUUAUGUUAUGUUUUGUUUGAUCCCUCCGCCUCUCCCCUUUCAAAUUAGUGUUUUGUGAUGAACUUUUUAUGAGAAAUUGCCACCUCAAAUCGAUUUUACAUCUUGUUAGACUUUUGAAAAUUGACGCUACGCACUCAUUCUUGCAAUACGCAACGCAGCCGAACUCCUGGGAAGUUUUGCUCUGCACGUUGCAUCUAAGAGUCUGUACCUUUAAUGCACCUUCACACAUAUGUACCGUGUAUAUCAGAUACAUACUUUGUUGUCAAAACCAACCCAUCCCUCAAGUAGCUAGAUUUUAGUUAUGGAAAAAGUUGUGCCUCCUGUAAGUUGCCAUGAAAGUCAACUCUGGUUGAUAAAAUCAUUGGAUUCAUCAAAUUCUUUCACCAAAAAAUGUUGUUAACCUACAUUGAUUUUCUCGUUCUCAAAAAGACCCAAGCGCCAGGAUGGAUAAUACAAAAAACAGUAGAAACAGUUGGACUGCAUUUUGCAAUUUGGAACUAUAAAUUCUGGCUCUUCUGGAAAAACUUUUAUGUGUAUAGGGAAACUAAUGGCACAUACGUUGUUUUUAAACCGGGCCACUAUUUAUAGUUUCAAAUUGCAAAAUGCAGUCCAGUUCAAAUCGAGUCAUUUUAUAUCUCAAAGCUUUAAAAUAUCGAAAUUAAUAACUAAUUAAUUACUGAUUUAAUAAUCUAUGAUUUAAAUCUAAUCGAUUAAUAUAGUUUCUACUAUUUUUCUCAUAGUAUUAUUUCUGAGGCUUAAGUCUUUUUCAGAAUGACCGAUUCAAUUCAAAUGUGUUUUUUUUUUUACUUUCUUUUCUCACUUUCUCACAAUAUUUCACCGAACCUCAUAUCAGUGCCUAUAAUUGUUGAAAAGAACUCCAUUUUGCAAUGAGGAACAACUGUUUCUAACUCAUUGCAUAGAAGCACAUAUCUGUAUGUGGAAAAUAAUGAUACGUUGUUUCUGCGAUGAACCAGGAGUAGUAGUUCCACAUUGCAAAAUGAGCUCUUCAUAGUUAAAGUGGUUAAAAGUAGACACUUAUAUGCAAUGCUCAAAAUCAUGCCCAAAAUUGGAUUGGAUUCAGCAAAUGGGUACCAACGUGAUUAGCAUUUUCAAAAUCGUGCAAUUUCUCCUUUGAUUUAAAUAUAAGAACUAAAUAUAUGCACAGUAUCUAAUCAAACAGUAAUAAAAUGGGUAUCGAUAUGGGCCGUUUUUGGGCCCACUCUUAAGUUCCCUAACUCUACAAUUUUUUGCCCAUUUAAGGUCUAUAUUUAGUGGAAUGAUCAUGAUCCAGUCAUUUUCGAUCUCUUUUCAGGUCAAAUGCUGGCCAUAACAUGGGUCUGGAGGCCGAUUUUUGCGAUAAAUGUGGAUUUUUCGACAUUCGACCGCGAACCCCUUUUUCGGCUGUUAGACUCAUGUUUAGGCCAGUAUUAGCCCUGAUCAAGGACUGGAAAUGACCAAACCAUACCAUGAUGUAUUCUGUUGUAGGUAAACCCUCAAAUAGCAAAAGGAAAAAACCGUAGAGUUGAAAUUCAGCUAUGAUGGGCCCAGGAAUGGCUGCUCCGCUGCUAUCUAUACCCCUACUUUGCACAAUUGUUUUCCUUUACAAUUAACAAUUUCUUACUAGGAAAAAUAACUAUUUCCUACUGUAGGCUUUUUAUUAGAUGAAGAAGCAUGGUUUUUACAACAAUUUAAUCGUGUUGGUUUCCCUCUGUUAAAUGCAAUCCAAUUUAAACAGCUGAACUUUUUCUUCCCUCUAAAGCGUACAUUUAAUCAAUAAAUGUUGAUCUAAAUAUAUCUUCGUAUUUUGUGCUUGAUGCUACUCGUACGUUCUUUGCUUACUGAGCUCACUCCAA